CUAAACACGAUUUCAAGUGUAGUAUAAUUAAAAAUAAAUGGAAAACAUAAAAUUUUCUAUGAUAGUAUUAUUUUUAUCUUUUUUUGCAUUUAGCUUUGAUUUAACUCAAUCAGCGGAUUUUCAAAUAUCGCAAUUUGGGGGAAAACCAAAUGGGAAUAUUGCUAAGGCUUUACAAAGUGCUUGGACUAAAGCAUGUGCAUCUACAUCUGCUUCAAAAAUUGUGAUUCCAAAAGGGACAUUUCAAAUGACACAUGUACUUUUGAAAGGUCCUUGCAAGGCUCCUGUUGAACUUUAUGUUGAUGGCACAAUCAAAGCACCGGUAAAGCCAGAAGACAUGGGCGGUGACGAAAUUCUCAGGAUUGACUAUGUUAACGGCUUAAGCAUAACUGGUAACGGAGUCUUUGAUGGCCAAGGUUCCUAUGCUUGGAAACAAAAUGAAUGUUCAAAAAAAGCUAACUGCAAACUGCUUGGCAUGAAUUUUGCUUUCAACUUCGUCACCAAUUCAAUAGUUCGUAGCAUUACUAGCAAGGAUAGCAAACACUUCCAUGUCAACGUUUUGGGAUGCAAAAAUUUAACUUUUGAUGGAUUUAAAGUAACUGCUCCACAUAAUAGCGCCAACACCGAUGGCAUCCAUAUUGGAAGAUCAAAUGGUGUGAAUGUUCUUAAUACAAACAUUGCCACUGGAGAUGAUUGUGUUUCAUUGGGUGACGGUAGUAGAAAUGUUCUUGUCCAAAAUGUGAAAUGUGGACCUGGCCAUGGCAUUGCUAUUGGAAGCCUUGGAAAAUAUAAGGAAGAAGAGCCUGUUGACAGUAUUACAAUUAAGGGUUGCACUUUGAAAGGAACUGACAAUGGAGUGAGGAUUAAGACAUGGCCUAGUACGCCAGGAACAAUAACAGUUACUAACAUGAGAUUUGAAGAUAUUACCAUGGAUAAUGUUAAGAACCCUAUCAUCAUCGAUCAAGAGUAUUGCCCAUGGAACCAAUGUACCAAAAAGUAUCCAUCAAAAAUAAGGAUAAGCAAAGUUAUCAUCAAGAAUAUUAAGGGGACUUCAGCAACUAAAGAAGGAUUGAUUCUUGCUUGUAGCAGUGGUGUACCAUGUCAGGGUGUAGAGAUAUCUAACGUUGAUCUCAAGUUCAAUGGAGCUCCGGCAAUAGCUGUAUGCAGUAAUGUGAAACCAAAAAUAUCAGGAAAGGUCCCUCCCUGCACAGCUCCGAAUAAUAAAAAACAGUAAUACAAAUUUGUUUAAUAAUCUAUAAGUGUAUUUUUCUUGGAGAAUAAGAGUUGUAAUUGUAAUUGUAAUUCAAUGUUAAAUAAAUACUUGAAAUUAAUUCAAGUAGAAUGAUAAUUAUGUAUAUAGUUCUUUUAAUGAUAAAGUGUUCAACU